AUGAGUAGAGCCGCUCGAAUCACUCUUGCUGUUUCCGCACUCUUUGCAGUAGGCACUAUCGUCGGAGUUCACUAUAUGCAACAAGCAGAGCACGAGACAAUGUACAAAGGAGUAAUUCGCGAUGACGCACGUCGACAAGAGAAAAUACGGCAGCGAGAAGAAGAGUUACGCGAGUCUCAGAGGAAACGAGAACUUUAUGAACACGUUCAGCCCGUAAAUGGGUCGCGGACUUCACCAGCAGCAUGACAAUGUAUCGAGCAUUAUUGAAAGUUCUACAACGAUCUAUCCAUCGGUCUUUCAAUACACUGUUCAAGUAUGAUAUCAAGUGCCACUCAUUAAAGGGUAUUGGACAUUAUUGCACUCCAAGACGCCUACUCAUGUCUGAAGAUUUCGGAAUCGGGUGAUUGUUCGUUCAUUUACAUAAACUGACUGCAUAAAGAGGACUUCAUGUUCUUGUGGACUUAAAGUCUAGUUAUGCGAAAUGUCGUAAUCGGUUAUUCAUCACAAC